GUUCUCCUUUCAUUCGCACGCCGGUCGCAGUUCGGCUCGGUUGCUGCCGCAUCAACACGCGCGCUCAGUGCGCGAUAACGCGUCUUAUCACCCACUCGUUCAACCCGAUCGUAAAUACAAAAUACAAAACUAUGUGAAACAAUUUCCACUUGAAUCGCAAGUUAAAAAUACCACAAUUACUACUCAAAAUGUGCAUUCACAACUUAAAACAAAGUUAAUUCAAUUGUUUUACCUGCCAAAUUUGGGAUUAAGUGAAGUUAUACGUGAUGUGAUUAUUUUUUUGGAAAAGUUUCGAAGAUAUUACUCGCCGAAAUGCCGUUUGUGCAGCGUGUAGUGGAGCCGAAACACCUUAGUCGGACAAGUUUAGCGGAUUCGGAUGGUAAACCGCUCGUGGACGAUUAUGAAUUGGAGGCGGUCGCCAACAACACGCUGUGUAAUGCUCUCCGGCAAUUGGCGUCGUUGGUGCUGGCCGCCGACGACAUCUUCAGCGAGCUGCGUCGCGACCUGAAGCAAAUCACCGAACGCGGGGAUAAACUCAAGUUGCGUAUCGGCGCGCUGGACACCAAAGUGGCCAGCUUCGAUCCGAAAAAAGUCUCAGUUCCUGUAAGCACCAUAGCAAGUUUCGCACUGUUAAAAAAUCAUUAUCACAUUGAACAUCCGCUCACCACUGGACUCUUCGAGCGCGCAUCGCGUCCGAAGGCGGUUAAAGACCUGUAUGAAGCCGCAGCCAAGACACCAGUACAUCUAAUGCGACAAUUGGACAGAUGGCGAAGAGAUGGCCAUCGAUCCUCGCGCUUCUUCAUGUGUACGCCUAUCCUCGGUGGACGCAGGCGUAAAAUUAGGAAUAAAUUUGAUAUUGACAUCGAGACACGAAUGCCUGCUCUGGUCGAAGAAUUCCGCAAAUGGACGUCGUCGGAAGCGCUCGGAGAUGUUACCGUGAUGACGGACGGCGUCCGCAUCCGGCGUGAUCCCUCCGUCACUGCCACCAACCCUUCGGCCAUCAACGAAGGUGAUAUCACCGACGGCACCGUCAUCUCCGACGAUGAAGGCAUCGACCACAAGCUGCCUUCACCAGAGGAGCAGGUUCACGUCGUCGCACUCAAAUUUCCGGCGGAAAUGGUAACAGUCGACGUGAGCGGCAAACGCUUCGACCGAAUGAGCGGUAUGCGGCGCUCCCUGAUGACGGCGGGCGUCGCUGGAGACGGCGGUGUAGUUACCACCCCACCGGAUGAUGGCAGCACCGUGCGGAGACGCACGAAAACCCGGAAACCGCGCAACAGGCGGCGGAAUACGCUCGCGGGCACGGAUCAGAAGGAAAUUCGGGAUGCUCUUACUGCUGCGGAAGAUCAAAACUCCGAAGUCCAGACAGAUUCUGCGGAAUCCCCCAUAAAUCGACCAACUACUUCCGUAAUAGUUGGUCGGAGUAAAUCCAGCGACCUAUUACGAAAACGAGAUUCAUCCGAAACGAUAAAAAAGUCACAUUUUAAUACCCUUAAACAAUGGGGUAAGAAAAUGAUCGCGAACUACACUGAUAAAUCAUCAGAUCGAAGUUUUGAAGAAGACCAUCAGUAUGAAACCGUCACGCUGAAGCGUAAACGAAACAUCGACAAAGAACGAAAAUCUUUACACGAACGAAAACCCUCUUGUUCCUCCAGUGAAAAAUCCAGCAUCAACAUCCCUGUCAUGAACAUUGCAACCGUAAAACUGCGAGAUAGUUCCGCACAACGAAGAUUACGCAGGACCGGUGGUAAUAAAGAUGAACCACAUUCAUCCAGUGGCAAUUGGAGUGCGUCCUCAGAAAGUGGACGUGCUUCAAUCGGAUCAGAAAUCACCACGACCACCCAACCCAAGUCAUCCACAUCGGCAGCUACAUCAAACAACUCACUGAAUCUCCAUCCACCUAGUUCCGUCAACAGUAGAAGAAGGUACAUCAAUGCAUCGACCAGUGGUAGUGUCACCAGUGAAGGUACCCUCACCCCGGAUAUCAUUCAUGAUCUACAUGAAGAUGGCGAAACCAGUUCGGUUUACUCUUGUGAUACUGAAGGUUAUUACACAUCUUUCCACAUGGAUAGUGGAUUGAAGACCUUGAAAGAGGAAGACUCACCUGUUACGCCAUUACAUUCCACCUCGACGUUUAGUAAUUCCUCAGUGAAUACAGCCGAGAAUGAGUAUGAACUCUUCGGGAAGGGGUCUACUUCCACCACGACAAGUUCCGCUGGUACUGUUUGUACCACUUUAAGGGCAGCUCAAAGUGAUAGGUCUUUGAUAAUCGGACCAGUUGUUCCCGAACGGAAAAGUUCACUCUCCAAACUUUCAUUAUCCAAUAAAUCUCCUGAGAGUUCCCUGGAACGGGAUUACAGUUCUAAAACCGGAACGGUCAAACGUAGUCCAGUAACUAAAUCAACUGUGGUGGUACAGGUUCAUAAGGAUAAUAAUAACAGUGAUGGGGAUGUGUCCCCGGAUAGCGGACACAAUACAUCCAGUUCUCCAAUUGAGUCAAUCAACAGUCCCAAUGGACUCAGGAGUGGGUCUGAAUUUGAAUAUUCUGAAUCGUCUGAUAUGGAAGGCGCUGAUCGGAUUGAACGAAUCCGAGUGAAGACAACGAUUAACUCCAGUAGAAUACCAUCAAUGUGUGUUAUCACUCCGAAUCAAAGCGAUGAUGAAGAGAAUCAUAUUAAUAAUAACAACAAUGUUGAAGGGAUUGUUAACAAAGGGCAAAUGCAAGUGAUCAAUGUUAACCCACAAACUGGUUAUGCUACUAUUGAUACAAUACCUGAGAAGAAAGCUUCGUUAAGAUCGGCUUCACCCAGUGGUGGUACCAUGAUAGUAAAAGAUGUUUCAGCUCCUAGUAAAAGUCCCCAGCCGAUAUUCAAAGCAACAUUGAUGCCUUUGAAUAAUAUGCUGGGGAAGUUAAAACUUAAUCUAUCAGCAUUCAGUACAAAAAGUAGUAAAUCCCCUGUAAGACCUGAGAAUCUGGAUUGUACUGAUGCAGGUGAAUAUGUGACAAUUCAAGAUGUGAAGAAUAACAACGAGAAAACCAACGCGAUUUACGCGAAUAACGAUGUGGUUAAUCAUAACCUAACCACAGUGUUAUCCGGUAAAAUAGAAACUGAAUACAUUUCCCUCAAUGAACUGCCCUGUAAUGAAAGCUCAGAUGUGAACAACACCUCAUCAGCCACGUCGGAUUCAUUGGAACGUCGACGCAAAGGAGCGCGGGUCACCCUCAACUCCGAAGGUCGCGUCAUCUACAGUUCUGACAGUUUGAAGCGUCGUAGAGGAGCACAUACCACUUUUGAACCGGGCCCGUUUGUGAAACAGCAUUCGCCUGCGCAAAGUCCAUUGCCCACCAGAGUUGAGAAGAAGCGGACGGACGAUGGCCAGCCUCUGUCGCCACAAUUAGGUAAAGUCGUGAUUAAGGCCAGCAGCGGUGCGACAGAAAUAGUCCGCAUGCCACCCUCGACCAUUGUCUCGCCCACCCCCACAAAACAGUUCAACACGUCGCGUGGGGCGUACGUGAACGUGCUGAACGGUGAAGGACGAGCACUCUCCCCGUCUAAUCAGCCCGAAACCAGAAGCCAAGAUUAUUACGCUUACAAUAACCAGAUGUUCAAUUUUCCUCCGACCAACAUGUACAGCACGCUGCCAAGUAGAAAACCGCAAUAUUCCUCACGGGUGCUGCCGGAACGAUCAGUAACGCCGGAUAUAAUGCGCGGAUUGGCUAAUAUCGAGUACAAUAGUCUGGAUAGAAAAGACCGCCGCCAUUUUGAUGGUUUUCAAGAGUACCAAGGACGAAGAAAUUACACGCAGGAUGAGUUUGAAGGAUUUGUUGAGUAUCCACCGCCGCCAACACCACAACGCCUUCAACAGGAAAUGCAAAUGAUGCAACAACAACACCACCAGCAGCAGUUACAACAAUUACAACCUCAACAACAUCAUCAUCAAAUGGGUAUACCGGUGGAGAUACCACAAGUCAAUAUGUAUAAUCUGUCACCGCACGUGCCUCACAGUUACUAUCAUUUUGAGUCACCGAUCAAGACCUCCACACCAGCAAAGGUGCAAGAGUUGAAAGCCACUCCGAGGAUACUUUCACCGAAAAAGUCUUCCAUGACCAAUGAAGAACUCUACGCGGUUAUACAUAAAACAAAGAAGAAAAUGAACAUUCAAUCAGAGGAACUUGACAGACCUUCGCCGAGUUUGUCACCGGUGAGUUCCGAAAGUUCAAUGGCCAGUAACAAAAGUUUCAAUCGGCCUGAGACUGGCUACUUGGACAAAGCGAAAUCCAGGUUGAGUUGGUCCCCGAAUGGCGACUAUAUUGAUUUCAAUACAAAUAUUGAUAAGAUUCCGCCGGCGGAAAGUCGCUCCCGGCAAAGUUGGGCUUGUUCAACUGAUGUUAACACUGCCAGCAACAAGAAAGAGUCUCAGACCUCAAGAUUAGACUUUAAGCGAUUAUUGCUCAUGCAUGGUAAACCAAAAGUGGCACAGGUUUCCAAAAAGUUGAGUGCUGUUGAACAACUGAAGCUCUCCAAGCAGCAAUUGGAGCAACAGCCGAAAAUCAAGGAGGAGAAUGAUGUGAGCAUCUUGGACUUGAGUCAAAGUCCAAGGAAUAUGCGAAACCGGAAGUUUGUGCCGCCUGGUUCACCGAAUAAGAAUGGUGAAAAACGCGCGGUGCCCAAAUUGUUAUCGCCCAGGUCGCAAUGGCGCUUCGCUAAUCCACGAACGGAUGUACUCUCUUCGACAAUACCCGAAGAUUGUCAGGAAGAUGAGAACCAUUCCAGGUCGAGUCUCAAUGGAGACGCGAAGGAGAGUCCUUUGAAGACUGCUUCGCCAAAAUACAGUCCAAAACUUGACCCUGCGCAUAAAAUAACUUCGGAACCGAAUGUGAAUUAUUCUCCGAAGAAUAUUUACGCUGCUAAUGAUCAGGACAGCGGUGCACUGUCCAGUUUUAAAGAUAUCAAGCAGAGGUUCGAACGAGAGCUUCCCAAGGUGCCACCGAUGACUGCCACUCAAAGACUGCAAGCACAACGUGCACAAUUCUUCGCGAAUGCACCCAAAACGAACACGAACAAUACCCGAUACAAUUUUGAUAAUAAAACCAAAAUGAGCAAUACUGUAGCUCAUCAGAGUCCAGUGAAAACCGAACGAACACCAUCGCCAACGUUAGAAACGUCGUUUUAAAACACAUUUUUAAAACAUUUUUUAAUAACUAAACUAUGUUAAACUAUGAACGAAUUACUUUUCUUCUAGUCUCACGUUCAAUACUUUGAUUUGUAUGUGUGUAAACAGUAUUCUACUUUGUCAAUUAUUUUAAGUCAAUAUUUUUAUAUGUAUCAGUAAGUUGAGGUUAAUUUAUUGCGGGGACCAUUGGUUGAUAUUUACACGCGAUUCUGAUUACUGGGCGUAUUGCCACUGUUAGAACUUAAGAGUUUUAUAAAAGUUUACGCCAUUCAUUGAUAACGGACGCUCAUUUAUAAGAUAGAUUGUGUUUUUAUGUGAUAAUAUAAAAACAUAUCCACUCCUAGUCUGCGGAUUGGUUCAUGAUUGAUGGAGACGUUGCAGGUCUCACUUUUGUCACAAGUUUAUAAGAUACAAAAUAUGUGUACAUAACUAAUUAAUAUAUUCUAUGUAUGUACUAAGUUACUAGUUAGUGAUGAGAGGAUGCUUCAGCACUGUUUUAACUGUUGAUAAUUUAUUAUAGUUUACAAUUAAUUGCCUAUGAAUUUAAACAAAUUAUAAUAUAUUCAUGUCAAUUGGCAAAAA